AUGGAACUGGUAUUUUUUGGAUGUUAUGGAGAUGUUUGCGAGAUGCCGGUGCUGAGGUGGACAAGAGGACUCAACCUGCUGUUGCUCUUCUGUCUGUUGGCUGCUCACAACUCUGCACACGACUCAGAUACUUCAUCAUCAUCAUCAUCAUCUUCAUUUAUUCCCAGAGGUUUUGUAGACUUCACAUUCACUAAGGAGCCUCAAGACACCGUAACGGUGCGGGGUGGUGUGCUACAGCUUGACUGCCAGGCACACUCAGAUUUGGCGUCCGGAAUCCCCACCAUCACAUGGCGGAAGGAUGGCGUCCUACUAAGUGCCCUGGUGGACGAAAGACGACAGGAGCUGGCCAAUGGAUCAUUACUGGUCCAGAAUAUAGUGCAUUCACGGCACCACCGCCCUGAUGAGGGGGAAUACCAGUGCCUCUCCACACUUGAAGGACUAGGAAGUAUUGUGAGCCGGACUGCAAAAGUCACCGUUGCAGGUCCUUUAAGGGUUGUUGUACCUACAGAGUCAGUUUCAUCAUACCUUGGCGACACUGCAUUGCUCCGUUGCGAGGUCUCAGGAGAACCCACGCCAAUCAUCCGCUGGCAGAAAAACCGGGACGAUCUGCCGAUGACCUUUGACUCCUCUUCCCGCCUGGCUGUGCUGCCAUCCGGUUCUCUGCAGGUCAGCCGAGUUCAACCUCCAGACUCAGCCACGUAUCGCUGUCUGGCCGACAACCCUGGCAGCACAAGGACGGGGACAGAUGCCGAGCUACGGGUGCUCCCAGAGCCUGGACUAAACCGAAACCUGCAGUUUCUCCAGCGUCCUUUGAGAGUAACAGCUCUGCUGGGAACCGAUGCUGUGCUGGAAUGUUCCGCCUCCGGAUACCCCACUCCCAGCAUUCAGUGGCGGAGAGGAGAAGAAGUGAUCCAGACUUGGAAUAAGAAGUAUUCUCUUCUGGCUGGGAGCAAUCUGAUCAUCAGAAGUGUCACAGAUGAUGACUCUGGCAGUUUUACUUGCACUGCUUCAAACAAGAACCACAACAUCACUGCAAGUGCAGAACUGAGUGUGCUGGUUCCACCUCAGUUCCUCAACUAUCCAACCAACACUUACGCCUAUGAAUCCACUGACAUUGAGUUGGAAUGUGCAGUGACAGGAAACCCAGCACCGACCAUACGCUGGAUGAAGAAUGGAGAGGAGGUUAUCCCAAGUGACUAUUUCCAAAUAGUGGAUGGCAGUAACUUGCAGAUUCUCGGUUUGGUGAAGUCAGAUGAAGGAUUUUACCAGUGCAUUGCAGAGAAUAUCGCCGGCAGCUCACAGGCUAUGGCUCAACUGUUGCUCCGAGAGCCAGUGUCCCCCAGCCCAGGCGUUGCCCUCCCCUCUGCCCCCCGCGACCUGGUCCCUGUCCUAGUGUCCAGCCGAUUUGUCCGUCUCAGCUGGCGCCCCCCAGAGGACACUGGAGGAUCAAUACAAACUUACGGCGUUUAUUACUCCCAAGAUGGCGUUGAAAGGGAGAGGUCAGUAAAUGUGUCAGAGCCCGAGUCUUUGGAGCUCAUGGUUUCCAACCUGAAGCCAGAGGAGGGUUAUAGCUUCAGAGUUGUUGCUUACAAUGAUGUCGGACCAGGAGAAAGCUCCAACCCCUUGAGGAUCACAACCAAACCAGACCUCCAGGUACCAAGCAAGAUAGAGUCACUAAAUGCUGAGGCUCUAUCGCCAACCUCCAUACAGAUAAACUGGGAGACUCCAAGCGCUCCUAAUGGACCAAUCAUCGGCUACAGAGUCAUCUGGACAGAGAACCUUUCAAGCAAGGAGCAGAGUGCCGACGUCAGUGGACUAAACUACAAGCUGGAAGGACUCAAUAAAUUCACAAAGUACACGGUUCGCGUUGUAGCUAUCAACCGCUUUGGACCUGGCACUGCCUCAGAGAACAUUAUUGUUACCACCCAAUCAGAUGUACCAAGUGCUCCUCCCCAGAACAUCACCUUAGAGGUUGUGCUUUCCAGGAGCAUUAAGGUGUCAUGGCAGCCACCUGCCCGCAGCGCUCAGAACGGCAUCAUCAGCGCUUACAAGAUCAAAUAUAGAAAGACCGGUCGCCGUGGAGACCAGGAAGCCAUUGAGCCCAACAACCUCUGGUAUCUUUUCACAGGUCUUGAGAAGGGCAGUCAGUACAGUUUCCAGGUUUCAGCAAUGACCACAAAUGGAACAGGUCCACCCAGCGAAUGGCACACUGCCGAGACACCCGAGAAUGAUUUGGAUGAGAGUCAGGUUCCGGACCAGCCCAGCUCUUUGCAUGUUAGGCCUCUUCCCAACAGCAUUAUCAUGUCAUGGACUCCUCCUCUCAGUCCAAGCAUCCUGGUCCGCGGUUACAUCAUCGGUUAUGGAGUUGGAAGUCCCUAUGCAGAGACGGUUCGUGUGGACAGCAAACAGAGAUACUACUCCAUUGAAAACUUAGAGCCAAGCUCACACUAUGUGAUUUCCCUGAAGGCCUUCAAUAAUGCUGGAGAAGGAGUUCCACUGUAUGAGAGUGCUGUCACUCGAUCACUGACAGACCCCAUUGACCCAUCUGAGGAUGAUCUUUUCCAUCUCUUUGAUAAAUACCCCACUGCCAUGCCAGACACCAGCACUCCCAUGAUACCCCCUGUUGGGGUCCAAGCUGUGGCUCUCUCCUCCGACUCAGUACGGGUCUUGUGGGCUGACAAUUCCAUGACCAAAAACCAGAAGUCAACUGAGGUCCGCUACUACUCUGUCAAGUGGAAGACCAGCUACUCCACCAGUGGCAAGUACAAGUCUGCAGACACCACCACCCUGAGCCAUACCGUCACUGGCCUCAAACCAAAUACCAUGUACGAGUUUGCAGUAAUGGUAACCAAAGGUCGAAAAUCAAGCACUUGGAGUAUGACGGCGCAUGCCACAACAUAUGAAGCAGCUCCCAGCUCUGCGCCCAAAGACUUGACAGUGAUCAGUCGUGAGGGACGGCCACGAGCCAUUUUAAUCAGCUGGCAACCACCGAUGGAGGCAAAUGGGCGGAUCACAGGUUAUAUCCUGUACUAUACUCUGGACAAAAACAUGCCAAUAGACGACUGGCUUAUGGAAACAAUCAGCGGGGAUCGCCUGACUCAUCAGGUUGUUGAUCUAAACCUGGACACAAUGUAUUACUUCCGGAUCCAGGCGAAGAAUGCCAAAGGUGUCGGUCCAUUGUCCGAACCUGUCCAUUUUAGGACAGCCAAAGUGGAACAUCCAGACAAGAUGGCCAAUGAUCAAGGUCGAGGAGGCGAUCAUGUAUACUGGCCACCCGAUGGCAACCUGAUAGACAGGAGCAGCAUUAAUGAGUCUCCUAUUGGUCAAAUGCAUCCACCACAUGGCAGUGCUACCCCGCAAAAUAACAAUAACCUUUUGGUCAUUAUUGUGGUUUCUGUGGGAGCCAUCACGGUGGUCGUAGUGGUUAUCGUAGCCCUCAUCUGUACACGACGAUCUUCUGCCCAACAGCGCAAGAAAAGAGCAAGCCACAGUGCCAGUAAGAGGAAGGGUAGCCAGAAGGAUCUACGACCUCCUGACCUGUGGAUACACCAUGAAGAAAUGGAGAUGAAGAACAUUGAAAAAGCUCCUAGCGUGGCCCCGUCUGGGCAUGACUCUCCCAUCCAGUCGUGCCAGGACCUUCCCCAGGUUGCUCACAGCCAAUCAGAGAGCCAGAUCGGUAGUAAGAGUAGCCACUCAGGAGCGGACGGUGAUGAAGCGUCGAGCUGUAUUUCUACUCUUGAAAGAUCCUUGGCCGCCAGGAGAGGAACACGAGGCAAAAUGAUGAUUCCUAUGGAUUCACAACCCAGCAACACACCGGUGGUCAGUGCCAUUCCAGUGCCAUCACUUGAUUCUUCUCAGUAUCCUGGUAUACUUCCUUCCCCUUCAUGCAGCUUCACCCACAACAAAUUCAGUUUAAGACCGAUGCCCUUCCCUAGCCUGACCGUGGACAGAGGAUACACGCAAGUCAUAUCCACAGAUGCUUCCACCAAUCCCCUUCUGCAGCAGCAGUCUCCACCACAACAGCCUGCUCCCCUGCUCCCUGGCUCUUCUGUUCCUUCUGCGGAACACGUUCCAGGUAUUGGCCCGGUUCCUGGGGCCCCUGCUGCUGCUACCUCUGUUGCAUCAGAGGAAUCGCAGCCAGGUGCAAAUCGGACCAUACCAACAGCAUGUGUGCGACCAACUCACCCACUAAGAAGCUUCACAAACCCACUCCUGCCACCUCCAAUGAGCACGAUAGACCCCAAGGUGUAUACAUCAAUGCUGCCACAGUCCUCUGCAAGCCUCCCAAAGCCUCAGGUGAAGACAGCUUCUCUGGGUCAGGCUGGUAAGGCUCGAUCCCCUCUGCUUCCAGUCUCAGUUCCUACAGCGCCUGACAUACCAGAGGAAGGAGGAACAAAACCCACAGAGGAUUCAGCUAACAACGUGUAUGAGCAGGACGACCUUUCAGAGCAGAUGGCUAGUUUAGAAGGGCUGAUGAAGCAGCUCAAUGCCAUUACUGGCUCUGCCUUUUAA